GCUCAGCUUAUAAAACGGGCUGUGCGCCUGCGCAGCAGAAACAUUACAACAAACGCCGCGCGCAAGUUUAAAGAGCCACAUCCCAAACUACACCACAAAAUGAAAGUGUUCGCGCUGUGCUCGAUGCUCGCCCUCCUGCUGGCCGGCGCCCAGUCCCUGCCCCAGAACCGCGAGGGUGCCGCCUACACGAACGAGGCCAUCCGACAGGCCCAGCAGACCCUGCUCAUCCCCAAGGACGCCCAGAUCCAAAAUGUCCAGGAGGGCAUCGAGCUGGGCGCCUACGAGCAGAUCCCCGGCAACCAGCGCAUCAACCUGUUCGAGAUCCUUGGCGACCAGGUGCCCUCCGAGGUGAUAAACAACCUGCAGUCCCAGGUCGACCAGAUCGGUCGCAACUAAGUCGCAGGACUACGCCCUUCGUUAGCUCAUUGCAUUUCCCCUCCUCAUUGUUAAGUUUUCUCUCAGUAAUAAAAGAAAAAAUUACCCCUAUUUAA